UGUUGCUAAGCGGGCGGUGCCGCCGGCUGCCCCGGGGCUCGGCGGCAGCGAUGGUGCAGGAAACCAUCCGGGUGUACGCGCGGCUGAAGCCGCUGGGCAGGCGGCAGCAGGCGGGGAUUUAUUCAGUUGAUGAUGAGAAAUCUCUGCCCAGUCUGGAGAUUAUCGUACCACAUGAUUUAGCAGAUGGGUUCAUCAAUAAUAAACGAGAGAGCUACAAAUUCAAAUUUCAUAAAAUUUUUGAUCAAGAGGCCAAACAAGAUGUGGUUUUUGACAACAUUGCCAAACCAGUAGCAGAAUGUGUUUUGGCAGGAUAUAAUGGUACUAUCUUUGCUUAUGGCCAGACAGGCAGUGGAAAAACUUUCACCAUCACAGGAGGGGCAGAACAUUACAAUGAUCGAGGAAUCAUUCCCAGGACUCUCUCUUUUAUUUUUGAUCAGUUGCAGAAGGAUAGCAGUAAAGUGUAUACAACUCAUGUUUCCUACUUAGAAAUUUACAAUGAAUGUGGUUAUGAUCUGCUGGAUCCAAGACAUGACGCCUCCAGACUGGAAGAUUUGCCAAAAGUGACAAUAAUAGAAGACUCUGAUCAGAACAUUCAUCUGAAAAACUUGUCUCUUCAUCAAGCAACCAGUGAGGAGGAAGCCUUAAACCUACUCUUUUUGGGAGACACCAACAGAAUGAUUGCUGAGACACCAAUGAAUCAAGCCUCAACCCGAUCUCACUGCAUUUUCACUAUUCACAUCUCCAGCAAAGAACCUGGAUCUGCAACUCUCCGACGCUCCAAGUUACAUUUAGUGGAUCUUGCUGGAUCAGAGCGUAUUGCAAAGACUGGACUCGGAGGUCAUUUAUUAACAGAAGCCAAAUAUAUCAACCUGUCAUUACACUAUUUGGAACAGGUAAUAAUUGCCCUUGCAGAGAAAAACCGGUCCCACAUUCCUUACCGAAAUUCUAUGAUGACCUCAGUGCUAAGAGACAGCCUAGGAGGAAACUGCAUGACUACCAUGAUAGCAACACUCUCUAUAGACAAAAGAAAUAUAGAUGAAUCUAUAUCAACCUGCAGAUUUGCACAGCGAGUUGCUCUUAUUAAGAAUGAAGCAGUUCUUAAUGAAGAAAUAGACCCCAGAUUGAUGAUUGUCCAGCUGAAAAAGGAGAUCCAGGAGCUGAAGGAUGAGCUGGCUCUGGUGACUGGCAAGCAAAGAACGUCAGAGCUUUCACAAGAAGAGCUACUUCAGUUGGAUGAAUCAAUUGAAUUAUUUCUCAAAGACAAUGAUCCUGAUAGCACUCUGGAUGUUGGUGCUGACAUGCGCAAGAUCAAGUACUGCUUCAUUCGUUUGAAGCAACUACUGAAUCAUUCAAAGGCUUCUGAUAAAAAACAGCUCUUACAACACAUCUCUGAAGAAAAAGACGCAAAUGAAGCAGAGAAAGAAGAACUGAAAAAAAUGAAAGAACUUCUGCAGCAAAGAAACAAUGAAAUCAAUAUUCUCAUAAAUAUGAUAAAAAAAGAAAAAAAGAAAGCACGAGAUGCUCUUUUCCAGCUUAAUACUGCCUCUGCUGGUUCUACAGUCUUGGAGCAGUCUCUUUCUAUAAACUUGAAUGAAAGUCGGAGCCCAUUUAGCUGUUCUAGUCUGAAAGAGGCAAAAGAUUUUGGGUCUUCAUUUCACAGAUCAUCCUUUCUUUGCAGAAAACCAGGAGAAAAGAUGUCACUUGGAUGUCAGGAAGCUUUUGAAGUUUUUAAGCAGGACCACGCUGACAGCAUAACCAUUGAGGACCACAAACAGCUUUUAAAACAGAGGUUUGCCGAAGCUAAAUGCCUUGGAGAAAAACUAAAUGAAGAGAAAGAUAGAAUAAACCAUCUGAAAGGAGCAAUAACCCAGAGGCACAUUCAGAGGGCAGCUCUAGCUGUUUCCAGUCCUUCCGAAGAGCUAAAUAAGCUUGAUCCAGUAGAAGAGAAACUUCGAAGGCAAAUUGAAGAAGGAAAACAAAGUUAUAAAACAAUGUUUAACCACUUGAAAGGGCUGAAGAUAGAGAUUGAGCACCUGCAGCUCCUUAUGGAAAAGGCCAAGAUGAAGUUGCAAAAGGAUUUCGAAGUCUGGUGGUCUGAAGAGGCAACAAAUCUACAGCAGGAAAAGCCAGAGAUGGUUAACUCAUCAAAUACCGCAACAACUUACCCCCAGUUUAUCAAAUCCUCACAACAUCUAUCGACUAACAGUUUUUCAGAGACUUCAAGAGUCAGCCCUAAAGAAGAUACAGUUGAGAAAAGAAAUUCAAUCGCUCCUAGUAACCCAACUUCAGAAAUUAGGACCCCAUCAACUUCAUCUGUUCCUCUGACUGGAGACAGCCAGGCUGAUGCUGACAUCCUAGCUUUCAUUAAAGCAAGACAGAAUAUCCUGCAAAAGAAAGGCUUGGGGAACAAAUGAAAUUCUUGUUGCAGUCUACUAUUUCCUUUUAGAGAUAGUAGAAGAUCUUUGUUCUCUGGCUUGCUCUUCUGUUUAGAAACAGGUAUGAAUAACUACUUUAGAUGUAAAGAUUUAUUUGGUAAAGAUAUAGAAGUGAUUUGUCUUUAACAGUAAAAUCCAUUUCUCCAUGAAAUGAUAUCUCAAUAUUUGCACUCAGUAUCUUCAGUUUGCAUAGAGUUUAAGCAAAACUAAAACAACCAACCAGGAGUUUUCCAAAUGCCUUUGUUUACUGAGAAUUCAUUGUAUAUUUUCCAAAUGUAAAAAUUAUCUAAUGUAUUAACACUCUUCUACAUCUUUAAUCUGGGGAACACUUCCCACUGAUGGUAGUUUUGUUUGCAUGGAUUUGCAUAAGACUUUAGUAAUUACAUCUAGUUUGGAUCCAGAGAUGUCUAUGCAAAAUAGUAGUUAUCUGGGAUACAAAAGUCUGCAAAAUUUCAUUUGAAACAUUUUGUUGUUUUAUCCCCCCCAAGAAAUAGAAGUUUCCAUAUCACAUUAGUAGAAUACUGAGAUUGCAUUUUAAUAUGAAAAUAAAUUUUAUUAGAAAUUAAUUCUAGAGCUGAAAAUAUCUUAACUUUUUUAUUUAAUUUGAAUACAUUUAAUGUUGUGCAAAAUAUACACCCAGAAUAGGCAGGUUUUUAAAGUAAAAUAGGGCAAACAGCUCUAAAACACAAAUGAGAUGUAAAAAUUUAAAUGCAGUUAUAUACAACAUAAAUUAACUAUUGACUCAGUACUACUUUAUUGCAUAAUAUCCAGCAACAACUUAAUUUACACAUCAGACUAAAAGAAAUCAAAAAAUGCAGUGCAAAAUACAGUCUGUUUCUCUGGGAUAUAAACGCUUUCAAUUGAAGCCAUCAUUUUUCAUGCUAGUGAUAAACUUCAUGCAUUUGGAAGGCUUUGGGUUGUUCAUAUAAAAAUACAGCAAUAUAUUGGCAGCAGUCACAUAUCAUUCUUAAGGAUGUGUAUUUCCUUAAGAUUUUAUAGUUCAUUAUUCAUAAUUAUUCAGAAGUAUAUGGUAAAUUGGUAUGUUCAAACUACAGAAGAUUUAUGUUUAGCAAACUAACAAAUAAGAAGUAAUCAAUUAAAUAAUAUUAAAGUUAUCCUUUUUCUGUAAAAAUCAGCACAGCUAUUACAUAAAUUGGUAAGAUUUAUGCAGAAUUUACGAUGUACAAGGUGAGAUAACAGUCAGAUGUAAAGUUGCUUCGGGAAGAGAGAGUUCACGGGUUUGGUCAGAGGAAGGAAAAUCCACGCGUCUUCCCCAUUUUGUAUGUCAGCUUUG